CUUAAAUGGGAACAGCAGGAAAUGGUGUUUCUUUUUUCCCUGGAAUGCAGCUAAUCCAGCAUGUCUAUUGUUUCUCAAUGGAGAAAAGUGAUGUUUGACAAGAAACUUGUAUGUCGCCUGGCCAGAGGGUGGAGCCUGACUUUAGUCACCGCCCCAUUUUCAUUCUUACCUUUUACAAGUGAACACCGCAGUUAGUCUGGUAUAACACAUCGUAGGAGCUACUCGUGGUGUCUCAAACAUACAAAGACACCAUUUGAAUAUAACCAACAAAUAAGAUGGAAAAAGAUCAAUCCGAGGAUGAAGAGGAGCCCACUGAUGACCAGCAGGAGGAUGAGGUGGACAAUGAGAAUUGGCUCUUGACAGAUGAAACCACAGAGAUUAUCCCAAUGGAUACCAUAGGGAUUCAAAUUGAGCCUGUCACAGUUCAGAUGAGUAUCCCUGAUGGCCUUUGUGGUACGGCGUUCUCCAGGAGAAAAGUCUUUGAGGCUGCGUCUCAGGGAAACACAGCUCAGCUUGAUGGUCUGCUUAACUACCUGCGUGUAAACAAUAAACAACUUACAAACCUGGAAUUCACAGUCACUGGGAAAACUGCACUGCUGAAGGCUCUGAUGCAUCUGAAGGAUGGGCGAAAUGACACCAUCGGAUUUUUCCUGGAUAUUGCAGAGAAAACUGGGGAUUUGGAAAAUUUAAUCAACGCUUCUUACAAAGACAUUUUCUACAACGGUCAGACAGCGCUGCAUGUUGCUAUUGAACGACGGAGCUUUGACCACGUGAAGCUGUUGGUAGAGAAAGGAGCAGAUGUGCAAGCCAAAGCCAAUGGGAGGUUUUUUCAAAUAAAUGCAGACCUGGGCUUUUACUUUGGAGAACUUCCUCUGUCUUUGGCCGCCUGCACCAACCAACCCACCAUUGUGACCUUCCUCAUGGAGAACCCUUACAGAAGAGCAGAUGUGACCGACCAGGACUCACGAGGAAACACUGUCCUGCACACCCUGGUGGUCAUAGCUGACAACACAGCAGAAAACACUGAAAUGUUAGCAAAUAUGUACGAUCAGAUACUCAUCCAGUACAGCAGGUUGGAGAAUCCAAAAAAACUCAAACUGGAAGAUAUAGAAAACAACCAGGGGUUGACUCCACUGAAGUUAGCAGCCAAGCUGGGGAAGAUUGGGAUAUUCAGGCACAUAUUAAACCGGGAAUUUGUGGACAAAGAAAUUAGACCACUGUCUAGAAAAAUUACUCAAUGGGUCUAUGGACCUGUUCACUCCUCACUGUAUGACACCAGCUCCAUUGACACCGACGAAGACAACUCUGUGUUGGACAUUAUUGUCUUUGGGAGUGAAAUUCCAAAUCGACCAGAGAUGCUUCUGAUUGAGCCUCUUUGCAGUCUUCUCAACUAUAAAUGGGAGAGAUUUGCAUCCAAGUUAUUCUUGAUGAAUUUCGUGGCGUAUCUAUUGUACCUGAUCAUCUUCACCUUGGUGGCCUGCUACAGAAAGGAAGGGCAGCCACCGUUUCCCAUUGAAAACGUCACAGCUGAUUCUUUCCACCUCGUGGGGGAGCUGAUCAGUGUCCUGGGAGCAGUGUGGUUUCUAUACAAAGUGAUAAACAUUUUCAGAAGAAACACACCGACUUGCAAGUCUUUGUACACUGAUGGAAUCUAUGACAUUCUGUUUUUUCUGCAGGCGGUACUUCUGCUGAUCAGUGCAGUCUUGUACGUCAGUGGACGCAGGGAAUACGUUGGACUGCUUGUCUUGUCGCUGGCUUUGGCCUGGAUUAAUGUCCUGUACUACUCCAGAGGCUCCAAACAGAUGGGGAUAUACAGCGUGAUGAUGCAAAGGAUGAUCGUUGGUGACCUAUUGACCUUUCUGUGUGUAUAUUUUGUCUUGCUGGUUGGAUUUUCUGCAGCUAUGGUUGCUCUGAUGUACGACGACGCACCAGCUCAUCUGCAGCCUAAGAAUGAGUCAUUGUCAAGUGGGCGGAGUCUAGAUGUCGGGACAGUUCCGUGCAGUAAGCCAACUUACAGCGACCUCCGUUUUACAAUACUGGAACUGUUCAAAUUCACGAUUGGAAUGGGAAAUCUGGAGUUCACUGAUGACGUUCAGUACAGGGAGGUUUUCUACAUCCUGCUCAUCUCCUACAUUGUCCUGACUUACAUCCUGCUGCUCAACAUGCUCAUCGCUCUGAUGGGAAACACCGUUGAAAGAAUCUCCAAGGAGAAUGUCGACAUCUGGAACCUGCAGAAAGCCUCAACCAUUCUGGACAUAGAGAGGGAUCUGCCGCAGAGACUGAGGAGAAAACCGUUUUUCAAAGAGUCCAGAAUGGUGUAUUUCAAACUUCAUGAAAAUGAUGAGCGUAGGAGAUUUCUCAGAGUGGAAGAGAUGAACUGGAGACAGUGGAGGUCAGACCUGGGUGUGGAACCAGAAGAUGAUCCGGAGAAUGAACUAAUGGAUAUUCUAGGAAAACAAUGGAAACAUCGUUCACCCUUGGAGAAGAUCCGUCUCAAACACUGGAAACGUCCCCAUAAAACCGUGAUCUGAUUUAUUACAGUAAUAACCAGUAUAACGUAGAUGUUAUUGUGAUUAAAAAUCUCAUCACGUCUGAUGAUCCUGAUCGCUGACUUCUAACAAGCUAAGACAGACUGAGGUGACUAAUAUAUUGCUCAAAUGAGACGUUUCUGUUCAGUUAUGUUGAGUCAUUGACGUGUCCUACUUUGUAUGUGUAACAAUAUUCUUAUUUUGCUUGAUGUUAAUAUUUUGAAUAUAUCUUUCUAUUUGUUUUGUGGUGGUCGUGGCAGUCUGUUUAAAUUCAUCACUUCUGUUUAAAGCAUUGUCAGCACCAGGCUGUUCAAUAAAUGUGAUCUCUGUUUGGCCACAACUGAGGAAACACUAAAAAAAGAGCUAGUGUGUGUGUGUGUGUGUAUUUGACACACAAAAUCAAUUGGAUGAAGAUACAUAAUAAAAUAGAUCACUGAGCAUUGUUUACAGGAGAUUAUGUUGUAAAUCCACAUAAAUCCACAUCAGACAGUGUCGCUCUCACCUGUCCCAGCAUGCUCUUUGUUCCUCCCUCUACAAGAGUGAUGUUUGAUAAACAACAUUCAUGUCCUCUGGGCACAGGGCGGAGUGUGGCUAUGGCAACUCCCUCACUGCCUCAAGUUACAGUCCUCCCUUCCUGCAAGUCCACACCUGAGCAGCUGUAGCGCCACACACCUCACGAGCCACUCAUGGUCUCAACGCUCUAGUGUUACUUCAUCAAGACGUGGUUGUUAACACCUAAUACGAUGGAAAAGGGUCACCUACAGGACAGUGAGGAGCCCAGUGACAACCAUGAGGAGGAAGAGGAGGCAAACAGUCUGGACUGGCUCUUAAGAAAACACACGGAGAUAACCCCCAUGGACACCAACAUUUUAAUGACUAGUGUCCCUGACAGCAUUCAUGGUGCGAAAUACACCAGAGCGAGGGUCUUUGAAGCUGCAUCUCACGGGGACACAACUCGACUUGAUGGUCUGCUUGACUACCUGCAGGUUAAUAAUAAACGACUUACGAGCCCAGAAUUCAC